CGAGCUCUUCAGCUCACCUUUAAAUGACGUUUUAUGCACAAUAAGUAGAAAGUUGGUAGAACUUCCUUAAUUGGCAGUCUAAGGAAAGUUCUGCAGCUUUCGUCUUUAAUAUUUAUCCGUCCUCCUCAAAUUGCUCCGUGCUUUCGAAAUUUAAACAAUAAACAUGAGCGUCAAGGUGUUCAUUAGUAAUUCUGCUGUUAGCAACGAGGUUAGGAAGAAACAACAACAUGUCCAAGAUAUCCUGAGUGCUUUAAAAAUUCCAUAUGAUGUGGUUGAUGUCCUUGAUCCUCGCAAUGAUGAACAGCUCAAAUUUAUGCACUGCAAUGCCAAACCAAUGAAACCAAACCAGAAACCUGUGCCACCUCAAGUGUUUAAUGGAGAUGAUUAUUGUGGGGAUUAUUCCAAAUUUGUCGAGUCAUUAGAAUGGGAUCAGUUGUAUGAAUUUCUGAAACUUGAAAAUCCAAACAAAACUUCCAAGGCAUCAGUUGUUAUCACCGGGGAAGAUGAGGAGGAACACAAAGAAAAAACUGAUCAGUCAGAAAAAUCAGAAGGGGUUGAAAAUGAAGACCAAGAUAAAGAAAAAGUUGAAGAGGAGAAAAAGGAAGGGGAAGAUGCAGAAAAAACAAAGGAGGAUGAGCAAAAGGAGGAGGAUAAAUCUGAUGAGAAGAAAGAAGAGAAAAAAACUGAUGAGCAAAAGGAAGAAGAGGAAAAGAAAGACGAUCCUUCAGCUGCAUUUAAAAAUCGUUUCAAGAAACCAUUUGAGGAUGAGGAGGAGGGACUAGAUCUGAGUGCAUUUGAGGAGAAAGAGGAAGAGAAAAAAGAGGUUGAAACCAAAGCUGAAGAAAAUCCGGCAUCCGCGUUCAGAAAUAGAUUUAAAAAACCGUUUGAUGAUGAGGAAGAAGAGGGGUUAGAUUUGAGUGCUUUUGAAGAGAAAGAUGAGAAGAAGGAAGAAACAAAAAAGGAAGAAGAUGAAAAGAAAGAUGAGCCUGCGUCUGCUUUUAAAAACAGAUUUAAAAAACCAUUUGAUGAUGAAGAGGAAGGGUUAGAUUUGAGUGCUUUUGAAGAGAAAGAUGAAAAAAAGGAGGAAGUGAAAAAGGAAGAAGAUGAAAAGAAGGAUGAACCUGCAUCUGCCUUCAAGAACAGAUUUAAAAAACCAUUUGAUGAUGAUGAAGAGGAGGGACUAGAUUUGAGUGCUUUUGAAGAGAAAGAUGAGAAAAAGGAAGAGAUAAAGGAAGAAGAGAAAAAGGAAGAAAAUGUGGAAAAGAAAGACGAAAAGAAGGAAAUCAAAAAGGAAGAUGAUGAACAGAAGGAUGACCCAGCAUCUGCCUUUAAAAAUAGAUUCAAAAAACCAUUUGAUGAUGAAGAAGAAGAAGGCCUGGAUUUAAGUACAUUUGAGGCAAAGGAUGAGGAAAAGGGAGAAGAACAAAAAGAAGAAAAAGAAGAGAAAAAAGAAGAGCCAGUAAAUGAAGCCAAAGACACAAAAACUGAGGAAAGCAAAGAGGACUCUACUCCUUCUUUUAAGAAUAAGUUUAAGAAACAGUUUGAUGAUGAAGAGGAAGGUUUAGAUCUUUCUUCUUUUGAAGAAAAGAAGGAAGCAGAAAAUGCUGAAGAAAAGAAAGAAGAGGAAAAAGAGGAAAAGAAAGUAGAAGAAAAAAAGAAAGAAGAGGAAAAGGAGGAAAAGAAAGAAGAGGAAAAAGAAGAAAAGGAAGAAGAGGAAAAGGAAGAAAAGAAAGAAGAGGUAAAGGAAGAAAAGAAAGAAGAGGAAAAGGAAGAAAAGAAAGAAGAGGAAAAGGAGGAAAAGAAAGAAGAAGCAAAGAAAGUAGAAGAAGAAAAGAAAGAUGACCCAGCAGAUUCAUUUAAGAACAGAUUCAAGAAAUCUUAUGAAGAUGAUGAAGAGAAGCUAGAUCUCAGUGACAUCAAAGAACAAAAGACAGAAGACUCACCAUCAGAGCCUGAAGUUACCAAGAGUGAAGAGGCUGGUUCUGAGAAGGCUGAUGAGAAACUAGAAGAAAAGAAGGAAACGCCCAUAGAAAGUGAAGAAGAAAAACCAGCAUCAGAUUUGCCAAGGUUUAGAAGAAGGCAGAUUGAAGAUGAAGAGACACCAUUGUUUGAGGACACAGAGAAAAAACCUGCUAGUGAGACUUCUGAUGAAAAAAAUAAACAGGAAGAAAGUUCAAAGGUCGCCGAUGAGAAAUCUGAAGAAAAUGAGAGAGAAGAAAGGAGGAGGAGAAGGAGAGAGGAGAAAGAGGCUGAGGCAGCUGGGGAAGAUGACAGAGAAGCCAGGAGGCGAAGACGCAGGGAAGAGAGGGAGAAAGAAGCGCCUGUUGUUGAAGAUGAAGACAGAGCUGCUAGGAGGGCAAGGCGUCGCCGAGGUGGCGAUGAUGCCUAGAGGGAGGGAAAAGCUCAUGAUGAAGAUUAAUUGUUGAGAAAUAAAACACAGAAUCCUUAUUCCUAUGACAAUACAAACUAGUGUGAUGUUCAUUUGCCCUGAAUACAUGUGAUGUUUUGAAGACUGUGUGAUACUUAGAGUUGAAUCUCGUCCCUGAUGUACAUAACCACGUCUGUUGGCGGCAUUUGUUGCAGAUGUUUUAGAAUAGCCACCCACUUGUUUUGGAUUUUUUCUCAGUCGUAGUAGUUAUACAUUUUUAAAGUUGUAUGAACAUCUAAUGUAUAAGAUGAAUACAAUCAUGUAAUAAUCUUUAGAAUGAAUAUGUAUGUAGGAAUUGUUUGUGUAUAUACAAUUAAGGUUGAUUGUGUGGAUGUAAUGUUAAGAGAGAACUUGAAUUGUUUUUAAAAAUACAUAUACAGGUAAGUCCGUUGUCUUUGAUAACUUGUGACUAUCCUGAACUAAAGGAAAACUACAGGCACAAAUUUUUUUUACUUUGCUAAAUUUUUACUAUGCUUUGUCCAGUAUUUGCUGAUCCUUUCAAUUGCUUAAAUCUCAAACUUGUAAGUAAAUGGUAGAUUUUUAUCAUCAUAAUAGAAAGUAUUUUCCAGAAUUGGUUGAGAAAAUUGCUCAUGUUUUUUACAAUAGUAUAAUAAUUUCAUUGCCUAGUGCUUUUCCUUUAAAAGGAUGGACAGGGGUGUGUAAAUGUCCAGUGUUAACCAUUAAUUUAUUUAGAAUAACACAUUUUAGUAUUUAUCAGCAAUGCAAGGGCACCUAACUUCUUUCUUAAACCACUAUUUCUGAUACAUAAUGAGGGUUCAGAUCACCAUAACAAAAUAAUAGACAUUCUAUUUAGCUUUAAAUAUCUUUUAUACAAGUUGUAAAACAAUGAAUUUCCCAAUUGUUGCUUUCAAUGGAAAAAAUCAAUUUAUCUUUUUACAUAUAUAAAGCUUUGAGCAUAAGUUUACAUGUUUUAUCUUGAAUUAAAAUCAUUGAUCUUUGUGUCAAGCAAUUUUAUGACAGGUAACAAAUAAUUUGAUUGUAGCUCUCUCCAUGACUUAGUGGCUAAUGUCAGCAAGCUUUGCACCCCUGGAAAAUAAUUAUUGUAAUCAAAACGUCUCAUAUUAUUCAGUCUCAUUAACUGAAAGCUAUUCAAUUGUUAUUCAGUUUCCCAGCUAAUUAUUUAGUUGUGUGAAAAAACAGGUUCUAAAGAUUGUUUUGUUAAAUCUCUCAUGCAUGUUUUGUUAAUAUUCAAAAAUAAGAAAUAUGAUGUGAUAUACUUUUUACCUUAACACCAUUAUACAGUAAACAGUUUUGAAAACUGAAGUUUGUUUCUCCAUCUUUUGCAAAUGUUACUUUAUCUUAAGUGAGCUCUAUUCUAAAGGAAUCUUUAUAGUUGUACAAGAUGCGUACUUAGUUAUAAACCUAUACAUACAUCUGUUAUCUCAACCAUAAGUGAGUACUAUAAUGUAAGAAUAAGUAUCUAGCUAGACAGUAUAAAGCUAGAAGGUUUACAUAAUUUCUAAAAUAAACUAAUUAUAAAAUAAUAUUUUAUUUUUAUACUAAAUUGCCUUUGUCUAAAAUAACUUUGGUAGUAAAGUUAUAUGAAAAAAUUAAUGCCACAUCCCUCAUUUCAACCUCAAAAUAAAAUUGUUCAUAUUU